AAGGAGACGAACGAGGUCCUUCCUUUCCUUGGGGUUUAAGGCUGGAAGAGUCCCCUCUCUGCCUCCUACUGCACACCAGAGAAAGUUCUACAGAGAAGUAUUUACCCGGUGGAGAUGGCGUUAGGAAUUUGCCAGGCAGAGGGAACAGGACAAGCUAAGGCCCCCGGAAAGCAAGGAAUAUGCUGCGGAAAGAGCAAAUGAUCUAGUUUGGAUGUUUGGAUGCAGCACUGUUAAGAUCAAAUCAUUCAGAGCUUUCAGGGCAUAGAAACAAGUCGGAUGGCUGUGCCAAGGAUAAAGAGGCGUUCUUGAAAGGUUUUACGCUGUGGAGGGGGUCAUUAGGCGUGCGUUUCAGCAUUCGCUCCUUUGGCUACAGACUGAGAACAGCUGUGAGCAAUGGGAGCUGCCUUCGGUAAGGGGACGGACCGACGGACGGACGGACGCACGGACGCAGCCACGCAGUGAGCGGGAUGCGCAGAAGGCCGGGACCGCCGAUGCCCCGGGUCCGGAGGACGCGCCCCUGGGCGUGGGACGUGGAGAGGGAGGAGUUUCCAGUUGGCAAAGACGGGAGGCCGCGGGUGCGAGUACGGAGGCCGCGACCGCGGUGCGGGCGCCUGGCGCACUUGUCCCUCGCGCGUCGCCGUCCGCGCAGCCCCGGUUCGGUCGGAGGAGGCCGCCGGCGCUGCGGUUCCGGUUCCGGCUGGCGUCGGCACCUGCGGCGAGGGCGGCGGCCAUGGCGUACUCCACCGUGCAGAGGGUGGCCCUGGCCUCGGGGCUCGUCCUGGCUGUGUCGCUGCUGCUGCCCAAGGCCUUCCUGUCCCGCGGAAAGCGGCAGGAGCCGCCGCCGGCGCCGGAAGGAAAGUUGGGUCGAUUUCCACCUAUGAUGCAUCAUCACCAGCCACCCUCAGAUGGCCAGACCCUUGGGGCUCGUUUCCAGAGGUCUCACCUCGCAGAGGCAUUUGCAAAGGCCAAAGGAUCAGGUGGAGGCACUGGAGGAGGAGGUAGUGGAAGAGGCCUGAUGGGACAGAUUAUUCCAAUCUAUGGUUUUGGGAUUUUUUUAUAUAUACUAUAUAUUCUAUUUAAGCUUUCGAAGGGGAAAACUCCUGCAGAGGAUCGGAAAUGCUCUACUGCCACAGCUGGAAACACCCACAGGAAAAUUACCAACUUUGAGCUUGUUCAACUGCAAGAAAAACUGAAGGAGACUGAGGAAGCCAUGGAAAAAUUAAUCAACAGAGUGGGACCUAAUGGUGAGAGCAGAGCACAGACUGUGACUUCUGACCAAGAAAAACGUUUGCUGCAUCAGCUCCGAGAAAUCACCAGGGUCAUGAAAGAAGGAAAAUUCACUGACAGACCCACUCCAGAGAAAGAAGCUGAGGAAGCCCCUUACAUGGAAGACUGGGAAGGUUACCCUGAAGAAACUUACCCAAUUUAUGACCUUUCAGAUUGCAUCAAGCGUAGGCAAGAAACCAUCUUAGUGGAUUACCCUGACCCCAAGGAACCGUCUGCUGAAGAAAUAGCUGAAAGAAUGGAAUUGCUAGAAGGUGAAGAAUCAGACCAUUUGGGGUGGGGAGUGCCUACUGACCCCAGAGUCCAGGAAGAUAAUUCUGUUACCUCAUGUGACCCAAAGCCAGAAACAUGUUCCUGCUGUUUUCAUGAAGAGGAGGAUCCUGCGGUCUUGGCAGAGAAUGCUGGAUUCAGUGCAGACAAUUACACUGAACAAGAGGAAGCCACCAAAGAAGUAUGGCCCCAAGACUUCAGGGAUAAAGGGUUGGGCAUCAGCACUGAUAAAGCACAUACAGAUGGUACAUUGAGAAAGCGGAACCCCCAGGAUUUGGAGUUGAAAACAGCUGGUUUGGGGAAGUAUCCAUUACUCUAGUCCCAAGGUGACCUUUCUCUCCCUUCUCCGAUUUCAUCCUUGGCCCUGUGCCCUAUACUUCAUUCUGUGUUUAAAUAUCCUAGCUAAUCAGGCCACUACCAUGGAUAUCAUGUAUCCUUCCUGGUGCUCAGACACCUGUCACCUUGUAAAACACGGUAGCAAUUAGUAUGAACAUAAUACAGCUUCACUCUUUAUGCCUUUCUUCCACCAGAGAGUCGAUCCACUGAGUAAUUAUGUUUGAUCUAUUGUACACUCAGGGACAGGGGUCUAACUCCUCGUGCUAGGAGUAGCAGAUGGUUUACCUGUGAACGAACAUCAGUUUACACGUGAUGAGGACUUAUGGUUGCAAAAGUGAAGAUUUGAGAGUCCAAGAUGUCUUAUUCUUGGGCCUUGAGCAGGUUAGUGGUCUCCUGGGUUCAAGAAGAGAACAUUUUUUGUGGGUAUGAUGGGGCCAGAGCAGGGUAGGACUCUGCUGUGUGAGCUGAAGCCCGUUUGCCACAGCAAGGGCCUUUUUAGGAGCACUGUUGCUGCCUCAGAUACCUGCUUUUCUUCAGAGUAGCAGAAGCCCCCAGUGAUUUGUGAAGGAGCCUGGAGACCUGUUGGGGGACUGUUUUGCUCCAGUAUUGCCUGGAUCUCUAGCUUCCUUUAUCCCUGUUGUGUUCACAGAACUGCCAACCCAGAAGCACCUUUAUACCUCUGGCCCUCAGUGGCCAGAAGAAGGUUUAAAUAGAGACUUUUUAGGCCUUGCCCUCCAGAUCCAAGGUUUGAGGCUGUUAAGGCUACAAGAAAGCCGUGUGAGAAUGCUGGUCCUCCAUGAGAUGCGCAGGUGGCCAGAGAGCCAGGGAUAGGGAAAGAAUCCAUGUGCUUACAGCAGUCCUGGCCUGGAAGCUAUUCUAAAUGUGCCCUCUGCAGCCACAUGAAUUGAAACAGAAGUGAGGACAACUGAGCUUGUAGACAAAGUGCCAGCCCCAAAGGGAAGUUGCAGCGUGUGUCUUUUGCAGAGAACCAAUAUAGCAGGGGCAUAUAGCCCCUAUAGCUAUAUAGGCCAGGGUAAGAGACUAUUUGUUCUCUAUUCAGGUAUCUGGGUCUUUUGAGAAGGGUCGGGAAAGUAGGAGGUAGGUUAUGACUGGAAGGAUUUUGACCAAACUAAAGACCUCAUCUCUAAGGUGCCAUCUGCCAUGUGUCUUCUGGAGAUAAAAUGGCACCCAGGUAUCCUGGCUAGUAAAGAUGAGUGAAUUCAGUUUACAUGUAAGACCGGAGUUUAAAGAAGACACAUUCCCAAGAACAUUCCCAAUCAUAAAAUGCAGAAGACGUGAAAAUUAAAUUAUGUGAGGGUAGAUAGAGCUUUUGGAGUUCCAUUGUUCCUAGUUGUCUAAGAUGCCAGGAAAAUAGUUAAAAUCACACAUCUAAGCCUAUAGACUGUCAAAAGGUAUAGGAUCAUAUUAAUAUGUCAGCUACCACUAGGCAUUUCUUGUUGAUGAAAUUAACAUUUUUGUUAGAGAAGUCAUUGAAGACUGAGUCUGUAGGAAGUAUAUUGCAUCUAUCUCUGUGUAGAAUAUUUGAUUCACUUUAAAGAAUGUAGUUUAAAACGUACUAUAAAUGAUCUAGAUGUAAUGCUUAAGGUAAAAAAUAAUGUAGGUGCUCUGAACUGUUUUGAUAAAUUGUUUUCCAUUAUUUCCUUUUAUUCACUGUGAGGGGUUGACUUAUGAGGAGUCCUGGGUCCCUGGUUCUAAUUUCUUUUUUGCCUUAGUAUAUAUGUUUCCAUUAUUAAGAUGUGUGUGUUUCUAGCUUGUUCGUUCGUGUGUUCAUUUAGACACUGCCCAGGGGUAGGCAGUGGGAGCAGGGGCUCAAUUCCUAACUUUGAGAAACAAAAUUUGGUGUGGGAGCCUUGUCUAAUUUAUUAUUUUCAGUGAACUAUUAACUAUAAAAGGGCUCAAGAUGGUGAAUUCUGCAAGCAGAGAAAUGUCGGUCAUGAUUCCAUCCAUGCCUAUUCUGUCCAUAGAGUCUUGUUGGGUCCUUAACCCUUCUGAGUCUUGGUUUUCUCUUAUCUAGUGCAGGGGAGUACAAGUCCAGGUCUCAUAGGGUAGUUAGGAGGAUUAAACGUGAACUCCUCAGUGCAUAUAAAACAGCAUUAGCCCUCCUGUCUCAUACAUAACCACUCAAUAAGUGGUAGAUAAUUUACUUUUCUUGUACAAGGCUUUAUGCUCUAAUUGAGACAUGGACCCAAAUCUAUAGAAACAUAAAGAUCAUUUUGGCCAAAGUACUUCCAAGACACUUGACGGGCGAGUUGGAUCUUGAGGCGUGCUGGGAACUUCAGGUGGCCAAGGAAGAGAACAUUCUUGGCAGAAAGGGCAGUGUUAGACAAAACUGGUGUGAAAAGUGUAUGGAUGUUCAGGUAUUUUUGAGGAUGGUAUGUAAGGUGUUGCCUAACCAACUCUUUAAUUUUGAAUGUUAAUCUUUGGGGGAAAUGGCUUAUGGGAAUAGUUCCUGCCAGAAGUACUAAGAGCUCAUGACGGUUCUUGCUGCCCUAGCUCUUGGUUGGCUUAAACGGCAAUAAUAAAUAUUAACAUAUUUAUAUUUUA